UCCAUGCAUUUCUUACUUCACUUUGUUUUAAACCAGACAGGUGCUUGGUAUGUUAUACAGAAAAAAAAACAAAAAAAAAACAAAACCCUACAUGUGUACAUUCUUUUAACCUGAAGAACUUCCAAUUGAAACAUAAACCUGAAUACAUUAUAUAUGGAAUUAUAUUUAUAAAGCUGUUCUAAAUAGAGAGCACAUGUAAUCGGCCCACUUUGUUUUUACUUCAUUGCUAUUUGUGCCAAAAAAUUAAAUCCAGACUGUACCGCAAGAACUGGCUGUGCCAGUGAGGUCAGGCUUUCAGAUGUUAGCUAUUUACAUUGCACAACAAGAGAAACAAAAGGCUGGGAGGUUGGCAACACAGAUAGUUUUCCAGGACAAAUCCCAGGAGCCAGACUAAUUGUGUAAGUAAUAAGGCACGACAGUGUGUGUGUGAUAUACUCUAAUAUCACCAUGCCCUGGAUGACACCAUCGUACCUUGACACAUUCAAAAGGUAAGGAAGGAAUUGUUUCAAUUCAUUUAGAAAUAUUCUGCAUCAGAUCACACAGCUGCGCAGUGGGUGGGUCCAGUGGCAGCAGGUAGGCAAACCGACCAGAGGAGAAGAACAGACAGCGGGAGCAACGGCAACAAAACACCCAUUUAACCACCACAAUCAUUUUUAAGAGUGACCCAAAUAUUUAGCAAAAAGCUGAAAGUUUAAGAUAUUUUUUUAAACUCUUUAUUUUCAAAAGUAGAUAUGGAAACGCUGUAGUUCAGGUAGAAGGAGCAAACCCGAGCGAGUGACCAGAACGUAAGUUAACACUUGCUGUUUUGACCAACUAGCCAUAGGCUGCCCAGCUCACAAGGCCAGACUUUGCCCCUUGCAGUCCUCCUUCUUGCCCAUUGGCUGACCAGGAUGCGGUGUGGGUCUUGCCCCCCCCCCCGUGCUGCCUAUGGGUGGACCAAGAGGGGACCAUAGACUUUGACCACUGGACUUUGAUCAAAAAUCCUCCUCCCCUAUAAUCUUGGUUUUGGAGCAGAUCUACUGGCUGUCAAUUCCUUAGAUUGCAAGUUCCGGAGGUGUUGCUGGGAACCUCCUCCUCUGACCCUUUUGUCUUUACCCACAGUUCUUGGAACUCAUCAAGUUGCGGAUUACCUCAUCAGCGGAGUUAGCAAUACAAUUCAAUCUUCUAAUUUGUAUGAAAGGUGAAGACUUUCCAUCUUCAAGAUGCCAAGGCCACCAUACUUUGCACUUGACUAGAUUAGUUCAUUACAAGUGGAGGCAGGAAGGUGCAACCAUUUAUUUACUGCCGUGCGAUUGCUCCGUCGAGUGCAUGUUACCUUUGGAAUCAAUGUGGUCUGCUAGAUAAAUGAGCCACGGGGAUUGUGUAUUUGCUCAGACUCACACUCGCACGCACACGCACACACAUCUUCUCUUUUAUAGCAGGUGACCAGGAAUAAUCAAUAAAUCAAUUAACACCUGGCCACCUUCCACACCUGUCUUAUUUCACCCAAAUUUAAAUUUCAGUAAACUUUAUUUACAAAAUCCAAACAAAAUUCAAAACACACUAUUUAAAUGUGCAAGGCCCCAGCCCUGCUACAGUAUAUUACAUUACAAACUGAGAAACAACAAGGGCUGUAGUGUAUUCUCACAAGUCUUACUCAUCAUUACAUUCAGACUUCCUACAAUCCAAAAGGUUAAUUCAUACUUAAUGCUAGUGUUCUUCUAAUUUUGAAGACGGUCCUUUUGUUCUGUUCAUUAGUCACCGCCAGCCCACUCUCAUACUGACCUCUAGCGUUGUCAAUUAUAGUACUAAACUUUUACUUGGCACCAGGCCUGACCACCUGACUCAUAACAAGUUCAUCAGGUUCAGUCUUAAUCUAAAGGGAUCCUCUGCAAACUCAAAAUUUUAACAAACAAUUUAUAUGAGUGGUUUCUUUGGAGAGUUUUAUAACUGAUAUACUGACAUUGUAAGUAUAACAUAACUACAAAUUAUUUUUCACAGCAUUUUGCCAUCAGUAAUCACAUUUUUAUUUGGGAAAUUAUUAAUCAUAUCUGUUUAUGUAAAAAGGUAGUUUAAGGCACAAUAAUUUAUAUUGGAUAAAUUAAUGCCAGUGAUUGGCUGAAAAAUCUAUAAGGUAAUAAAAUAUCGUGCAACCGAUGAAGGCUGAAAAAAUUGUGUUAAUAUGUCAACCAUACCAAUGACUAUUACAUACCACCUCUUGUUUGUUUGUUUAUAUAUAUCGGAAGCUGGUGCACCUCUGUUUUCGAGCUCCAAGUCAGGCCUGAAGGGACGUGUAGACGCCUCCGAAAGUAUUGGUUGGUGGUCGUCUUCGAAAUGAAAAGGAACGUUAGGUUACUUACCGUAACCCUGGUUCCCUGAAAGAGAAGACGAUCACCAAACCUUGUUCCUGUUGAAGAAGUAAAACAUUACAGAACCCCAAUUCAACCACUGGCAAUAAAAAUGCAGAGAGCCACCAUUACUAGUGGAGUCACAGCCCAGAGGAUUUCCAAAACCAUCACGUUUUUCAAGAAUGAAUCCAAAGCAGCCUCUGUGCUCCAAGAGAAUGGCCCCAAGCCUCUGCUGCUGCUUCUUCCCUGGCUGGGCUCUCGACCACACGCUGUGGACAAGUAUCGUGAGAUCUACUUCAGGCAGGGGUUUGACGUUCUGACCGUGGAGAGCGAGCCCAGUCACUUCCUGUGGCCCAGGUGGGGGUUGGACUAUGGCGCCCAGGUCCUGGAGUUGCUGCAGAGUGACAGCUUUGUGUCCCGCCCACUGCUGCUUCAUGCCUUCUCCAUUGGAGGAUACACCUUUGCCCAGAUGAUGGUGCACAUCUCCAGAAUCAAGGGUCAGAUCUAUGAAAGCCUCAUCAUAGGUACUGCUGAGAGAAUGGCAACAGGUGUGAUCAGAAAAAAACCUUUUUAUUUUACAGGAGUUGGAAAGAUGGUGCUUCUGAAAGUGGAAUGGUUACUGUGCAAGGGCACUCUGCUCUACUUCAGUGUCCUAAAGGGCUAUACGGUGGAUAACUACAAUGUCGCCAUUGGUAUGUUUUGGAAUAACCCACCACAGACUCCAGCCUUGUUCUUCUACUGUGAGAAUGACCCACUCAGUGAUCACAAGGAGGUAGAGAGAUUGCUGAAAAGUUGGCACCUGCAGGGGAUUAACGUGGUGGGGAAAGGCUGGAAAGAUUCCCGGCAUGCAGGGCACCUCAGAAAGCACGCCCAGGAGUAUCUGGCACAGACACUGCACCAGUUCCUGCAGUCCCUCAACAUGACACCACUGAAGGCUAAGAAAUAUAUUGGAUUACACAUAGCGUGUGACACAAAUAAACAAGACACCAUCAUAAUAAUUUUGAAUGUUCAGGGUGAAGUUUGUGAACCCCCUUCCUAUAAACCUAAACAAUGUGACCAAAUACGAAACAUAACAAUGUGACCAAAUACCAAACAUAUCAAUGUGACCAAAUACGGUUAUACCGGUAAUAGAGUCUAGGCAUAUUACAUAAUGGUUAUAGAAGUUUCUAAUUUGGAAUAAUGUUGCAAUACUUUUAAAUAACAAAUUAAAUCUAUUUCUUUGCAAUGAUUAUACUUUAAAAUACAUACACACUGCAUUGGUAACCAGAACAACAUAAGUGCGCUCUUCCAGUAAUAAACUUCCUAGCUGCUUUGUAGAUCAGAUCAAUUAUACCAGUCUACUAAGACAGGUGGGACAAUGUUAACUAGUGCAUUUCAAAUGAAAACAAUUACUUGUUACAUUUAGGCUGGAAUAUCCAUAUCCAUGUGAUAUCCAUGCUGCUGGAUUUUGACCUCAUUUCA